AUGUCUAACCUCCUUAAUAAGUUCGCCAAGUCCUCACCCGCGCCCAGAUCGGUAAACGGCGACAAGGAAUCGCGUGGUACUAAGCGAAAAGCUAAGAGCGAUCCUUACGAUGAGAUAGACGAUGACGAGCCAGUUCAAAAGACACUUUCGACUCAGCGCACUCGAUCGCGCAUUUCUUCGGAAGCAGCCAACUCUAGCACAAAGGGACGACCGAUAUCGACAGGCAAGACUAAUAAGCGUCGAAGCCGUUCAUCAGGUGCUCGAAAAGGCGAGGUAACAGAUGGUCCACGCGUCGAUGCCGCAGCAAAUUUAGCUCGCGCACAAGAACCCGGAGCGGCACGACUACAUCCUCAACCUGAAGAAGAGGCUAGCACAACCUCACUCGUCCCGGUGGCUGAUAUGGGUGUCCCUGAAUCUUCCAACGAUAAUGCCGGACCUACAGAUAACGACCACGCCGAAGAUGAUACAAAGGGUAAAGAGAAGGCGACGGAAGUGAGCCGGAAGGAGCAGACGCUAACCGAAGCCGACGAACACGAAGAGCAAGAAAUUCAGGCCCUCCUUCGGCACAGGAUGGCCCAGGACGGCAGGGUCGAGCUUCUCGUCCACUGGGUUGGAGAGAGCGAGGAUGAUGCUACUUGGGAGGCCGAGGAAGAAAUCCAACGAGGCGCAGAAGAAACGCUGUACGCAUAUUGGAAAGCCCAAGGCGGUCGCAUCAACGCCCUCUUCAUUAAACCUAAAAACGCGCCCAUCGAGAUUUACCACGUCUUCAAACUGCUCGGUCACGAAAAGAAGGCUAGAGGCGGGUUCGAAUUCGAAGUUCAAUGGGUCGGCCAUCCGCCCACGCGGGGCGAGACAUCAUUCGAAGCCGAAGCCAAGCUGAAGAAGGUUGCCCCGGAUGCUCUAGAUCAAUACUGGAAGGAUGUCGGUGGUCGCGAGAAGUUCCUUGCAAGGCGCGGCCGGGGCAAGAAGCAGCGUACUGAGUAGCCGCAUUUCCCUAGAUGGAGUUGACCUAUCUAUGAUUAUCAUUAUUAUCAUCAUCAUUAUUAUUAUUAUUAUUUGUACAUACGUACUCUUCCCUUUAUUUCGUCUCGCAAGCAUUCAUGAUGCCGGGCAUUGCAUCACACACGGCGUUAAGGAUGGA